AUGUGCAGUGCCGGCGUGGCUGAUGAUGCUCAAGCCUUGAACAGAGUUCGAGUGGUCCCACCACCAAGCGAUGGACAAAAAAUAUUCCAGAUUGAUCCCAUGCUGUACAGCCUCUAUAGGAGAAUCCGUUCAGACAUUGAUGAGCAUGAAGGAGGCUUGGAAGCCUUCUCCCGUAGCUAUGAGAAGUUUGGAUUUAAUCGCAGUGCGGAAGGUAUCACCUAUCGAGAAUGGGCUCCUGGAGCACUUUUUGCAGCAUUGGUGGGUGACUUCAACAACUGGGAUCCAAAUGCAGACCGUAUGAGCAAAGUGAGAAUGGAUACUCCAUCAGGGAUAAAGGAUUCAAUUCCUGCCUGGAUCAAGUACUCAGUGCAGGCCCCAGGAGAAAUACCAUACGAUGGGAUUUAUUAUGAUCCUCCUGCAGAGGUAAAGUAUGUGUUCAAGCAUCCUCAACCUAAACGACCAAAAUCAUUUCGGAUAUAUGAAACACAUGUUGGAAUGAGUAGCCCGACAAUGCUAGCCAUAUGCAACACCCUGGGGACGUUUUCCCCCCAGGAAGAUUUGAAGUCUUUGAUUGAUAGAGCACAUGAGCUUGGUUUGCUAGUUCUCAUGGAUGUGGUCCAUAGUCAUGCGUCAAGUAAUACUCUGGAUGGGUUGAAUGGUUUUGAUGGUACGGAUACACAUUAUUUUCAUAGUGGUCCACGAGGCCAUCACUGGAUGUGGGAUUCUCGCCUAUUCAACUAUGGGAACUGGGAAGUUUUAAGAUUUCUUCUCUCCAAUGGUAGAUGGUGGCUUGAGGAAUAUAAGUUUGAUGGUUUCCGUUUUGAUGGUGUGACCUCCAUGAUGUACACUCACCACGGAUUACAAGUAACAUUUACGGGGAACUUCAAUGAGUAUUUUGGCUUUGCCACCGAUGUAGAUGCAGUGGUUUACUUGAUGCUGGUAAAUGAUCUAAUUCAUGGACUUUAUCCUGAGGCUGUAACCAUUGGUGAAGAUGUUAGUGGAAUGCCUACAUUUGCGCUUCCUGUUCACGAUGGUGGGGUAGGUUUUGACUAUCGGAUGCAUAUGGCUGUGGCUGACAAAUGGAUUGAACUUCUCAAGUAA